AUGCAACUACCUAUCCUCUUCACAAUAGCCCUCACGGGCUUAAGUACUACCUUAGCCAAUCCUAUUGUCAUCGCACCUUAUCUCUCCUCCGAUUGCGAAGGUAAAGAUUCUAAUUGUGUCCCAAUCGGAUCGCCCUCCAAAGCCGCUGGAUCGAAAUUGGAGACCACUUACACACUUCGUCCUACAGCAACUGCUUUACCAACGACUAUUCCUUCUUCAUAUGGUGAUGAAGGAGUCGAGGAAGAUACGGGCACUAUGACUGCGAUAUCUUCGGGUGAUGUGGAGUACCGCGGCCUAGAUCGACGACAAAUUCAAUGUAUAGGAAAGACGCAGGAGGCAAGGGAUGCAUGUCUUCGCUCCAACGAGCAAGCCCCGGAUUUCGCAACUUACUCGUCGGAAGCAACUCCAACGCCGCAACCCGAUGCCACAAAUGAAUACGACCUAGGUCAAAAACCUCAAGUACUACCAAAUAUGCCAGUUAUACCGGGACUGGAAGGUGUGUUACCAAUUGCAAAUGCCGCUCUUUCGAAGGCGACGUCUACUCCGGAGCCGGAAACACCGAAGUUGAAAGAGAAGAGAGUCCCUAAAUACAAAUAUACGGGAGGAGCGAAACCCAAACCUACAUCUACGUCUACGCGAAGCGCAGAACCAACGUCGGAAAGUAAAUCGGACUCUUCCGGAUCAGGAGAUUCGACGGGAACUGGGGGAGAAGAUCCUGAAAUGGAGACGAUAGAGAGUGGAGCGGGAGAUGGAGCAGCAGUAUCAGACGUAGCUUCGGAUUCUCCGUCAUCUGAUUCAACUUCACCAGAUGAGAUGUCAGAUCCUACCGACUCGACAUCAGAUGAAACAUUAUCGGAUUCUACAUCUUCGGAUUCAACAUCGGAUUCGACUUCAGAUUCCACCGAUUCUACCUCAGAUUCCACAUCGUCAGAUGAAACGUUAUCGGAUUCCACAUCAUCAGAUACCAGCGACACCACAUCCGACACCACAGACCCAUCAUCAGAAGCCGACCCCUCAGAAGACCCAACCGACUCCACCGAUCCAGCCGCGGAUGAAGACAUCGAAUGGGGCGAGCUCACCCCAGAACCAACCGACGAACCUACCACCGAAUCCGAAUCCGACCCCUCCGCCAAGCGUGACAUCCCAGACGAAGAUGCCACAAACUAUCUAACCUACGUACCCCAAGCCAAACGACAAAUCGACAACAAAAUGGAUCACGUCUUCACAAACACCGACGCCACACCACCGACAGAAGACGAACAGAGGAAGAUGGACGAGAUGAGAAAUGAGGAUGUGGAUGGUGAUGGGAAGGUGGAGAAAUGGGAGAUGGUACAGGAGAACCCAGUUGGUCGACAGGAGAUUUUGAAUGGGAAGUUGCCUUAG